UCAAACCGAUACAACAUAACUCGUAGCUUACGAAGUGUGCCAUUACAGCAACGUCUGAUCACUGAUCUAUCCAUCACCGUUAAUUACAAACACACUCUCAUUCUCUACAGAACAAUAUGGAACUCCCAACAAUGAACCUCGUCGCACUGAUGAUGGUGGGCUGCGUGCUUCUUGCAGGACAAGCUGACGCAUGGACAAAAAUCUUCAGCAGAGAAAUGGUGGGAAAUAGGACCGUCUUUGUACCAAACCACGAGUCCUUAGUCCUCAAGUGCGAAACUCGAAAUUUCCUGCACUACCCCGUUACCGGAGCCGUUUCCGGCGAGUAUCGCCACAAACUGUUCGUGAAGAAGGGCGGUGAGGAGAUCCCAGUGGCGACUAGCGUGGUGGAUGGCUGCGAGACCUUGGUCAACCAUACCGUUACAAAAACCAGCUCGACCUCUGUCACUGUGGAGGUUCUGUUCACAUUGUUCAGGGUGAAGGCAGAGCAAGCCGGUUCGUUUACCUACGGCUGUAUGCUGGUUGCUGAGGAUGCACCGAAUGUUAAUCUCCUGACACAAAGUAGUUCGAGCAACAAUUUGAACAUCGUGGUUUGUCCUGAACCACUCUUUAGUUUGAGCAUCGAAGAAGGAAACAGUCAGAGCGAAAUCGCUUACCCCAAUGAAGGCAAACAUGUUGUACUGAACACCAAGGACGAGUGUCAUUUCGACUAUGCAGUUUCCUACCUGGUAAAUGGCGUCUCCAGCAGCGAUAUCCCUUCGCACCAGGCCGUCAAACGAGACGAUUCCUCCCUUGAGAUUCACAGCCCGGUGUGCGUCGGUCACCGUGUAUGUAACGUAACAGCGGUGUUCAAAUAUAUCUACGAGAGAAAUGAUGAAACCAGUCAAUCGCACAUGUCGCUUAACAACUGCUGUAUUGAUGUUGGGCCAACACCGACGCCACCCAAAGCAACCGGUGGUAACUUUCUGAAACAAAAGCAGAGACCUACUGAAUCUUCAGUUUUGAUUGGCUUAGUAGUGAUUCUUGCUAUCUACGGUGUAGUGGUUACUGGGGUUGCAGGUGUCUAUUGGAAAAGACGGGACAGAUACUCCACGCCACCGGAUCAGGAACUGCGGGAGCAAGUCUAGAGUAUCGCUGAAAUGACAGAUGCAUGAAGAUGAUGGUGCAGUGUGGAAACUAUAACGGGUGCCUUCAAUCAUGGAGCAAUUGCUCCAUGCUUCAAUAUAGUUUUAUCUUUCAAAUGUUUUUAUUUGUAUUAUUUUGAUACUUGUCUAUGACAAACGAAAGGGUGAAUUAAUAUACAACUCUUCAAGUGACACUGCCACUAUAUACUUAAAAACAGUGUGCUGUCAGUAGACUACAUUCUAUACUGUACAUAUACCUCUUAAUUUUCAAUAAUCUGUACAGGGUGCGCCGUCUAGCGAAAAUGGUGCAUGUCUAAAGAGCUGCUCAGAGUGCAUGCCCAAAUUAUUGGCACUGCCUGAAUAAAUGGGCGGUUGGAAUGGCUCAACUUUGCCAGAGACAUGUGUGGCGGAUGUGUUGUAUGGAACGCCAAAGAGGCAUUUGAUAACUGAUGGUGGUCUUUUACAACCGGUGACCGAUGACAAAUUUGAUCAGCGGUUGCAAAAGGAUUAUUAAAUGACUCUUUGGCGUUCCACAAUGUCAGCCCUGAUGCUAACACAUGUAUCAAAUUGUGUAUGCCCAUUCAAGAUGCACCAACCCUUGGUCUGACCCCCUCUUAGAUAUAUGGAAUGGUCCAGUCUAGGGUACCAAGGACAUUGAACUCGGUCUGGGCCUUGCAAUUGGGAGAAAAACAAUGAAAACCAUAAUUUGUGACUCAUGUAAGGAACAACGGGACCCACAAAAUGGUUCAAACCCACGACAACUCAUUGAAGAAAUUUAUUGUGUGUGGCAAACAAACAUUACUCGCAUGAACAACAACAACAACAGCAACAACAACACAUAAGGCCCAAUAGUCGAUCUGAUAAAAACAAUUGGUGUUAGCGUUGUUAGUAAUUUCCCCAAGUGUCAGCCCUGAGUGGUAUGAUUUCUCUAUAGCAGGACGAGUUCUGUCGGACUAAGCGGACGAGUUCUAUAGCAAGACGAGUUGUGUUGGACCUUAUUAGGACGAGUUCCUAUAGCAGGGCGAGUUCUAAUAGCAGAACUGAGUUCUAUUCUGCGAUAGUGAAUGGUAUCACAACGUGAUACAGUUAACCAAAAUUCAAUGUAAUGUCCACUCAAAUUUAAACUGUACUGAGUUGUAGCAAUUUCUGUUAAUUUAUUUUAAGUGCAUAUAUUUCAAGUGAUAUGUUAACAUUUAUUAAGUUUAAGUUUUACAAUUUUAUAAUGCUGCCACAGGCGAGGAACUAUUCAGUUCAAUUGUUUUCAAUCAAUUCAAAUAAAUUAAUUCAUGUCACCGUGGUUCAAGACUGCAGGACUUGCAACCACAAGGUUCUUGGUUUGAAUCCUAAAUAUCAAGCUAUACCGCUGGUUUCACAAUGACUAAGUAAGUCUUGUCGUCGAGUUACUAAUUUAUAAUUUCUUGAUUUUUGUAAUUCAUAAUAACAUAUACUUUAAACCAAUGUUUGUAUGAGAGAGAUUGGCUGUUGCUAGCUUGGUGUUUGUUCCCCCUAUGGGAGUUUGCCGAGUUCCCUCGACGAGAAGAUCGUCCGAAUACAAGUUAAUCGCACUUUACAGGUAAAGAUGUGAACACUAGAUGUGAGAUAGUGUUCACAUUGAAAUAAAAAA